ACCACACACAGAAGAGAGAGAGAGAGAGAGAGAAAUCAUGAGGAUGGGAGUGGAGGUCCAAGAUACGAGCUUUGCCGCCGUCGCAGGCCAAGAGAACGUCUCCGGCCGGUCACCGGGGCCAGCCAGCUCAAGAUUAGCCUCUCUCUUGGGUUCUAAAGAACGCGAUUAUCUCCUCUCCCGAGAUGGAACUCAGGCGAAAAUCUCCGACUUAGAAGGCAAAGUAGUGGCAUUAUACUUUUCAGCAAACUGGUACCCGCCAUCCCGCAACUUCAACCAGUUCCUGAUUGGCGCCUACCAGCAGCUCAAAUUUACAAACCAGCCCAAUUUCGAGAUCGUUUUCGUCUCCUGCGACGAGGACCUGAACGCAUUCAACAAUUACCGUGCAGGGAUGCCUUGGCUCUCGGUCCCAUUCUCCGAUCUCGAGACCAAGAAGUCGUUGUCUCGGAAAUUCGAGAUCGAAGGGAUUCCCUGCCUUGUGAUCCUGCAGCCCGGGUCAGGGAAAGAUGUCGAGGAAAAUGCGCUAAAAAACGGCGUCGAAUUGUUGCAUCGAUUCGGGGUGAAUGCAUUUCCAUUCACCAAGCAGAAGCUGGAGCAGCUAGAGAAAGAUGAGAAGGAGAAGCAUGACAGCCAGACGCUCGUUAAUUUGUUGACCAAUCGUGAUCGAGACUACGUUUUGAGUCACCAUGGAGCGAGACAGCAGGUGCCGGUAGCAUCACUAGUAGGCAAAACGAUCGGGCUCUACUUCUCGGCUCAAUGGUGUCUGCCCUGCGAGAAGUUCACCCCAAAGCUCGUCCCAAUCUACCACAAGAUCAAGGCCAACGACGACGACGAAGACGACUUCGAGAUCGUGUUCGUGUCGAGCGAUCGCAACCACGAAUCGUACGCCUCCUACUUCUCCUUGAUGCCGUGGCUGGCGCUCCCUUUUGGGGACGCCAACAUCAGGAGCCUCGCGAAGCACUUCGACGUACAGGGGAUCCCCUGCCUCGUGAUCCUGGGUCCCGACGGCAGGACCGUCACAGCGAAGGGGAGGAGCCUCAUAAACCUGUACCAGGAGAAUGCAUUUCCCUUCACCGAAUCGAAGGUGGAAUUGUUGGAGAGUCAAGUGGAUGAAGAGGCCAGGGACUUGCCGAGGAAGAAGCUCCACGGUGGGCACAGGCACGAGCUGAACUUGGUGUCGCAGGAGAAUGGCGGCGGGGCGUUCAUAUGCUGCAAUUGUGAGGAGCAAGGGGUAGGGUGGGCGUACCAGUGUUUGGAUUGUGGGUAUGAGUUGCAUCCAAAGUGCGUGAGGGUGGUGGAAGAUCAUGCUGUGCCUGAGGUUGCAAGCAAUGGCUGAGAAAAAAACAGAGAGAGAUAGAGAGGGUUUGAUGUUCUAUGGUUAAUUCCAGCUGCGUUUUGCUAAUUACCUUCGACACUUCUUCUUCUUCUCCUUCAGAACUGGUCUGAUUUCUGGUUUUGCAUAGCAAAGCUUGAUUAGCCGCGACUUUGUGGGGUUGGAGCAUCUCUAAUCUUUCUUGCCCAAGAGAAACAAGGGUCUCUUUGGUGUACAUGGGUAGUGUUAAAUUAAUUGCAAGUAAGGAACUUCCUCCAUCUCUCUGUCUACGGUUUAGCUCUAUCAAAUUUUCCUUUUUAUUAUGUCAGUUUCACAAGGAUAGUCUAAUAAUAUAUUGUAGACUCUAUAUGUGGUUGAAUUGAUAAUUAUAGGGUUAGGGUUUAAGGUUUAGGAGGUUCAGGGUUCACGAUGGGAUUUAG